AUGUGCAUUACUUUUUUUUACAUUCCUAAAAAUUAAAAUGAGAAGUUCAUUCUCAGCUUCAAUAGAGACGAAGGCAUGAAGAAAAAAACAUCAAUUUUAAACUAUUUCGAAGAAGACACUAACAUUCUUGCUGGUAGAGAUCUGGAAGGAAAAGGUACAUGGUGUGGAAUUAAUAAAUCAACAGGAAUAGUGGCAUUUUUAACAAAUUAUGAUACUUAAAAUUAUCAUGAUAUUUCUGAUAUUAAAUAUGGCAGAGGAAAUCUCACUUACAGAUUCUUAAAAUCUGAAUUUGGAAGUUGCUCUCAUGAGACUAUAAAUUAAAAGAUAUACGAGGGAAUGAAUACAAUUCUAAAAGAAUUAAACUAAUAUAAUGCAUUUAAUUUGGUUAUUGGCAGCCUUGUUACAAAUACUUUUUACUAUAUUUGCAAUCCUUACAACUAAAAAUUAAAUAUUACUCCUAAACCUCAGUUAUUGGAAUAAGGAAAAGCAUAUGGCCUUACAAAUACAGAUAUCCACACACUUUGGCCUAAAACUGAAUAUGGUUUAAAAAUAUUUAACGAAAUUCUCUUGAAAUAUUAAAAUAACUCAGAGAAUGUAAAUAACAUUGAACAAAAUCAUUAUGUGUAAGAUUAAUCAAUAAUUGAAGAUCUGUAAAAGUUAAUGUUUGAUUAAACUAUUUUCAACGAAGACCCAGAAUCAGAAUCUCCUAUUUUGGUUAAGCAAUACUUUAGUAAAUAUUGCAAAAAAGAGAGAGGAACUGUAAGUUCUUGCUAUAUAGUUAUAGAUAGUAAACUUAAGGGAAUUUACUAAGAAUUAUACAUGGUAAAAGAAGAUUUUACAUAAUUAAUUGCUGAUCCCAUUAAGACUGUCUUUUAUCUUUGA